UCACAAUUUAUAUUUUCAAUAGGAAAUUCAAAGAUGGUUGAUGAGAAUUACACCAUAUCACAGGAGUUUAUUCUCAUUGAAUUCACAAAUCACCAAGAGAUGAAGAUCAUCUUAUACAUAUCAUUCCUUACAAUCUAUCUGAUAACCAUGAUGGGAAAUCUUGGACUAGUGGUAUUAAUUUCAAUUAAUUUCAAUGGAUCUCGACUUGAUACACCUAUGUAUUUCUUUCUUGGUAAUUUGGCCCUUAUGGAUGCUUGCUGUUCCUGUGCUAUCACACCCAAAAUGUUAAUGAACUUCUUCUCUAAGGAUAGAAUGAUUUCUCUCUAUGAAUGCAUGGCACAAUUGUAUUGUCUUUGUCUUGCUGAAACUUCAGACUGCCUCCUCUUAGCUGCCAUGGCGUAUGACCGUUAUAUGGCCAUAUGUAACCCAUUGUAUCAUCCCAUUCUAAUGUCAAAGAAACUCUGCGUUCAGAUGAUCAUUGGGGUAUACGUAAUUGGCAACUUAACUUCUAUAAUUCAUGUUGGCUUUCUAUUCAGAUUAACUUUCUGUAGGUCCCACCAAAUUAACCAUUUCUUUUGUGACAUUGUUUCAUUAUACCGACUCUCUUGCACUGAUCCUUACAUCAAUGAGUGGAUAAUGUUUAUCUUUUCAGGUUCAACAGUAAUCUUCACUGUAGCAACUGUCCUGGUCUCUUAUCUUUACAUCCUCUUCAGUAUCUUUAGAAUGAAAUCUAAGGAGGGACGAGGCAAAACUUUUUCUACCUGUGCAUCUCAUUUUGUGUCUGUCUCAAUAUUCUAUGGUUCUAUCCUCUGCAUUUAUAUUCAACCAGGCUCAGUUGAGCAGGCGGAUAAAGAUAUUCCAGUUGCUAUUUUUUACACAAUAGUAAUUCCUUUUUUAAAUCCUUUUAUUUAUAGCUUGAGAAACAAGGAAGUAAUCAGGACCCUGAAAAAAACUGUGAAGUAUCUUGGGAUACUUUGA